UGCAAAACCUGGUAGAAAUUAUCGUGUGGAUGUACUCCCUUGACCAUUUAGGAUUAUUUUCGUAAAGUAGUUCCAAUGUCCUACCAUCGCCGAGUCGCCAUUUUGCAUUUCAGCAGCAUAUCUGCGGAAAUAUAAUACACGGACCAUUUCAAAAUUUGUUUACUAGACAAACGGUUAAAACUAUUUCUUUUUAUUACUAAAGUCUUGAACAAUUGCUUUCCUUGGUUAAACAGUGCAUAAAUGCAAUAUUUAGGAUAACUAUUUUCUUGCGCGCAGACGCAAAGGAGUUAUGAGUGAUGUGCAUUUCCUGUCUGAUAAUCAAGAGUUAAUUCAGGAAAAUGUAGUGAAGAUAUAUUAAGAUGGACAUUUUAACAUGACGGAGGUGUCGGUCCAAAAUGACGAGUUUAUUGUGCGUGUCCAGGCACAAGUCAUGAUGCGGGAUGACUCCAGCGGGGGUUGGGUGCCAAUGGGAGGCGGCGGGCUCUCAAAUGUUGGGCUCAGGAAGGUCACUCGCAAGAAUGGUGAAGAUCUGCUGCACAAUGAAUACCUCAUCUAUGGAACCAGGAUCGCCGACAACUCGGUUGUUCUUGACUGCCUUCUGAAGAGAGAUAUUCGAUAUGUGAAAGCCAACCCCAAAUUCCAUCACUGGCAAACGGACGAGAAGAGAUUUGGUCUCACAUUUGAACGUUAUGAUGAUGCAAAGGCCUUCGACAGGGGAAUUCGAAGUGCAGUAGCAGAUCUUGUGGAUGGUGGAACCAAUGGGCCUACAGAUGGUGAUGAUGAAGUCUUUGCAAUUUUAGAUCUUCCGAUCUCUCGUUCAUCGUCCCAGUCGGCCAGCACCACCUCCACCACGACCAGUAGCCCCACCCCCCAGUCCCCGACCUCAAAUGUGUCAGCGCUGGACCCGUACCACAGUCACAACCACCACCAUGUUCACCGCGUCGUUUACGUGUCAUCCUCACCUCAUAAAGCCAAUAAAAAGCCGCCUACCACACCACAGAGUGACGGCUCCAGUAAGUCGGACUGUUACCAUCAGGAUGUCUGGGUCCAUGGCGACGACCCGAACUCCUUCAGUUCCAAAUCAGAUCAGGGACUAUUAGACAGUCAAUCAGAACAUGAAAUGAAGGAAUAUUCUUAUGUUAUAAUAGCAAAGACACAAAAACCACAUGAAUACAGUUACCCCACUCUAGAAUCUGUUCACAAACCUCCCUCAAAAAGGGAAACGACCAGCAACAUCAAGCAUCAGCCUUCCAUACAGGAGCAUCCACCUCUACCCAAGAAAAAGGACAAAAAACGAACUAAUCAUCCUCUCCUAGGAUCUUCUAAAUUUCGCUGUAAACAUUGCCAUGACAAUUUCACUCAAGAAGAAAAUGGCCGUGGUAGUUGUGAAGAGGCCCCAGAUGGGGUUGAAAAGUGUAUAGAAUGUGUCACUUGUGUUUGGUGUGCAAAAGGACUAAUUUAUCACUGUAUGAGUGACCCUGAUGGGGACUAUGGGCACCCUUGCUACUGUGAUCCCAGUGAUGCUAAUAAUUGUAAAAAGUGGACUGCUUUAACAAUUUUGUCUUUAUUUGUUCCAUGUUUAUGGUGCUACUGGCCACUAACGGCCUGUCAUAAGUGUGGGGUGAAGUGUGGAUGCUGUGGGGGGCGACACAAGGCAGUUGUAUAGUGCCAGACACUCCUUGGCUUGAUGAAAGCAGACAUCGAGGCGGAGGACAGAUGAGGAAGGCUAAAGGACUGAGGAGUAGACUGAGAAACAAACCGUACUUUAUCUCAAUGUUGUGUACCUACAAGCUCCUCACAGCAGUCCGCCAAUUCCUCAGGAAACCAUAAAAACCCAACAAGAACAACACACAGCCUCCCAUUCCCCAUCUUGAGGAGAUCAGUUGAUGUGUGAGGCUUUGUGCUUGAGUGGACUAGCCUCUGCCUUAACUUUCUCUGUCAGGCUUCAAGGGGAUGCAGGCGUGCCUACACCCACCCUCCAAUCUCUGGGUGAUGUUUACCCCCUGUGUAAGCUCACCCCUCAAUCAGAGCUCCCUGUUGACCACAGAAACAAUGGCCUAGCAUCCAUUUAUGCUGGUUUCUUAUCAGAAGACAGAAGCUACUUUUUUGGAGAGCUCAUUUCCCCUAUGCCUUAUAUCUACUUAUAUUUUGAUGCCUAUUGAUUUUUAUUAUGUUUUAAAAGAAAGAAUUCUCAUGUUAAUGUGUAAAUUUCUUUUUUAUUUUAUGUUCAAGUAAACUAUUGUAUGUUUGAACUGCCACUGCUAUUUCUAGUCAUUGUUUUACAACUCUUGUAAUUCAUUAUUUUAUCACUUAUAUUUUAAAUAUGCAAAUUGGGGAAGAGUGAUAUUCUUUUAGAAAUUGAAAAGGGUAGAAAUUGGAAUCCAGCAAACAGUAUUAAAUUUGGUUUAUGAAAUCGCUUUUCAACAAGAAAAAAAAAUUAUACUUGGAUAUGUUGAGUACUUUCGAUAAAAUGGAAAAUUUGUUGGAUCUUUUGAGAUAUUAUGAAUAUUUAUUCUGUAGAACAUACAUAAUAUUUGCCAUUAGUUUUAACAUACGUAGCUUACACUGAAUAAUUGAUCAUUCACCCAAUUUAAUGAUAACCCUUAUGGGGGGCAGUUUUGGUAAUCUGAAAGUAAUUCAUGCUAAUUUUUCAACAAUUACUUACUCCAUGUUGACAGAUAUUAACUUAGGUUUUUUUUUUCUUUCUUUCGUGUAUUACUGCAAUGAACAGAUUGGAAUAUUUUAGUAUGAGUGAUCUGUGAUCCUCGAGGGCUACUGUAUUGUUUGAUUUUCUAGAACCUUGUCAGUAAUAAGUGCACAAUGACUAAGUCAUACUUUACACUAGUAAGCUUUUGUAAUAAGCAUUUCUUGUCCUUUUUUUAAGUUUGAUUGAAAACACUCUUUCUAAAUGUGUAUGUUGCAGUCUCCUGCAAUUUCAAUGAAAAUUACAUGUAUGAAAAGAUAACUCUAGGAAAAAAUUGGUAGCAUCAGAAUUUCACAAUGCAGGAAAAAUAACUCUAUUAUGAAAUGGGUACGUUGAGCUGUCUGCAAGAAUUGAUACCGAGUGUCUGAUGUCUUCAUGCUCGCCUAGGUGUGAUACAGAUUUUUAAUUUUUUUUUUUUAUCUGUGAAUGAAGAGAGUGAGAGAAGCAUUAGUGUUUUCAUUUUACAAGUAACAAUUUGUUAUUACAAGUAUUACUGUUCUUCUCAAUUGUUAAUUAUAUAUAUAUUGGUUUUGUUGUAUAUAUAUUUUUUUCCCUGUAUGAUACAAUCAUAUUGUGAAUUUGAGAUGAAAUAGCACUCCUUUUUUUUUUUAUUAUUAUUAUUGGAUUAAGAUAUAUAUCCAGAAGGUUGUAUGGAACACCCAUGACAUUUUUUCUUUGACCCAGCAGGACAGGUUAAAUACUGCACAUAUCAACUGGUUUGGAUGGCAAUUAAAUGAGGCCCUUCAGAAAAAAAAUGGUUCAAAGCACUAGCUAACUUAGGUUAUAUUUGAAACCAAAAAAUUAAACCUUUAAAAUUCAUUUGUCAAUUGUUUUUUUUUUCAUAGUUUAAUGAAUAAUGUUGUCGAUUCCAGUAUGGCAUAUACUGAAUAAGAAUAUUGUUAAAUUCUUUUUCUAUUGUGCAAACAUGGUUCCUUAUUUGAACAGCAUUGCAGUAAAUGUUGUGAAUGGUCCUUCUUAAAUAUUUCCCAUGAUUCUUUCAGUCUGCAGGUCCAUUUUUCAUUAUAAGCUCGUGUGAUGUAAAUGAGUUGUUUGUCAUCCAAUGCUACAAAAUCAGCCGUUGUGAUUUUAUACCGAUAAAUGUGCAAUUUUUCUUUCCUUUUUUGUGUUUACAUGGCUUGUUUAUUCUCAUGUGAUUUUUUGUUGUUGUUUUUGGAAUUCAUUUCUGUAUAUCAUGUUCAAAACCAUGCCUAAGUAGUGCCAGUUGCUCUAUUGCAAUGCAAGGAGUGAAAUGUCACAAAGAAUCAAUUUUUUUUUCCUUCAAGAAAGUGAUUGAUAAUGAAGAAAUAUGUGUAUGUAAAUCAGAUUUUCAGGGAAAUAAGGGUGGUAUUUAUGUUGAAGAUUUAUGCACAAAUAACUGCAUUAGCUGUAAGAUAAUCAUUAAAAGUAAUUUCUUAUAAUGAAAUGUCAUAUCCCCCACUUUAAGUGCCAUUACCAGUAAAUACAGUUCUGUAAAUAAGUCAUUUCAGUGUCCCCCAAAAGUUACAUAUUAGACUGUUACACCUGUAUAAACCAUAAAUACUUUAAGGUAGAGAAUUGUCAAUUUGAAAAAAUAACUGAAGAUUGUAUUGUGCACAACAUAACCCCCUCAAUAUUAUGAUUGAAAGUUACUUUGCAAACAUUCAAUGAGUUGUCUGCGACAUUGUGAAUUGUCAGAGCUUUUGGUUAGUGAUGGCUUUUUAUGGAGCAUUGAAUGAAGCGAAAGACCCAGUACAUGUGGCCUGUACCAACAAUGUCCGAACACGUCUGCUUGUCCAAGUGUUUCUCCAAGUUUUUCUGUUUGUUCCUUGGUUCCAUGUUAUUCUAACUUCAGUUACUGAUAUGACUGGUAUGAGACAAGGAGGAACACUUUGUACAAGACUAUUUGUUCUGUUUCUUUAUCAACAGGCAGCUGUCAAUAUAAUGGAGGAAUGUGGAUAAUUACACCCAUCUUUUUGUACUUUGUGAAUUUUUGUAUCUGUCUGUCAGCAAUGGGCUGACCUUUUUUGUGUUGUCUAAAUGAAGAAAGCUUGUAAUGAGAAAUUGUUCUGUAACUUAUAUUGCACUUGUCAAGUUUUGCAUUCGUGUAAAAGAUUUCAAUUUGAAAAGUUAUAGUAAAAUACAUUCUGUAUUUUAUUAUUUGAAAUAAAUAAAACAUGCAUUGAAAAAUGGAA